AUGGUCGAAGUCAGUCUGACGCCCAUCACAUCCUGCGAUCUGCAAACGAGUCAAGAUCUGGAAUCCAGCUUCAGCAGCAACAGCUACAACACCAACAAUUCCUGCAACACCUGCAAUUUCAACAAAUUCAGCAACAGCAAUAUCAACAACUACAACAGCUACAGCAGCAGCAACAUCAGCAAUAUCAUCAACAGCAGCUCCAGCAACAACAACAACAGCAGCUCCAGCAGCAACAACAGCAGCAACAACAGCAACAACAGCAGCAGCAGCAGCAACACCAAGCGCGCUUCCGAAGUCAAAGCAGCGGCACAAAGUUCCAACGGCCCCCGCUCGUCAUGA